GUAAUUAGCUUAACAGAGGCGGGCCGCCUCGUCCGCGCCGUCGCCGACGAGUGCGCCGCGGGCUGCGGCGGUGGCGGUGGCGGCGCCGUCGUCCCCAUCGGCGAUAUGGUGUCCCGCAUAGUGAACGACUCCGUCGUGCGCUCCGCCAUCGGUGGCCGGUGCGCGCGGCGGGAUGAGUUCCUCCAUGAGCUCGAGCUCGCCGUCAAGCUCACCGGCGGGUUUAACCUGGCCGACCUGUACCCGUCGUCGCGGUUAGCGCGCUGGCUCAGCGGCGCGCUACAGGAAACCGAGAGGUGCAACCGGAGCGUACGUGCCAUCAUGGACGACAUCAUCCGCGAGCGUACGGCUGCAGGCACCGGGGACGGCGGCGACGGCGACGGCGACGGCGAGGAGGACCUCCUCGGCGUGCUGCUUAGACUGCAGAAGAACGGCGGCGUGCAGUUCCCACUCUCCACUGACAUGAUUGCCACCAUCAUCAUGGAAAUUUUUUCGGCUGGGAGCGAGACAGCAUCAACGACGCUUGAGUGGGCAAUGUCAGAACUAGUGAAAAAUCCACCGGUCAUGGAAAAGGCCCAAGUAGAGCUAAGAAAGAUGUUCAAGGGACAAGACAGGCUAACUGGAGAUGAUAUGGGCAAGCUAAGCUACCUACAUCUGGUGAUAAGGGAGACACUUCGUCUACAUGCGCCAGCACCAUUCCUUCUUCCCCGGGAAUGCCGUGAGCCAUGCAACAUCAAGGGCUAUGACAUUCAUGAAGGAACUAGAGUGCUUGUGAACGCAUGGGCUAUAGCCAGAGAUCCUAUAUACUGGGAAGAUGCCGAGGUUUUUAAGUCAGAGAGGUUCAUGACUAACCUUGUUGAUUUUAUAGGUAAUAACUUCCAAUACAUCCCUUUUGGUGCGGGUAGAAGGAUAUGUCCAGGUAUAACACUUGGGCUAACCAGCAUGGAGCUUAUGCUUGCAAGCCUCCUCUACCACUUUGAUUGGGGGCUUCCUGGUGGGAAGAGGUCCGAAGAGAUGGACAUAACCGAGGUGCUUGGAAUUACUGUACGCAAGAAGGCAAAACUCAUGCUGCACGCAACCCCACGUAUUCCAUAUUUACAUUGAUAAUGUAUAUCAUGUGAUUGUACGAUGCUUAUCGUUUUCCCAAGAUAUUGCCAUGUAAUUGUAGAUAGAAAGAGCAAUCUGUCCGGUCAUGAAAUACUCUACCCUCGCGUAUUGUUAAAUGAACUAGCUUUAAGCUAUAAGGAAAUAUAAAAUGUUUAAUAUAUGUGCUGUCGAUGUAUGAUAUAGUAUCCAUAAACAAAUAUUUG